AUGACUAACUUGCUAGCCCAAGUGGUGCAGCAACAGGGACAAAACCCUAAUCCUAACCCGAAAAACCCUGGCAACCACGUGGAGAGCAAGAACAGGGCCCUCGAGAGAUUUCAGAAAUUUGUCCCACUAAAGUUCCUUGGGGGGCCCGAUCCAGAUGUAGCCGAAAGGUGGCUAGAGAAAAUGGUGGAUAUUUUUGCUGCCCUGCACUAUACCGAGGAGAGGCAGGUGACCUUCGCCGUCUUUCAGCUAGAAGAGGUGGCCCGUUCCUGGUGGAACGUCAUCUGGCAGAAGUGGGAAUGGGAGCAAACGCCCUGGACCUGGAGAGCUCAGUCUGUAGCAGAGUACGAGAGCCAGUUCACCCGCCUAUCCAAAUUUGCCCCAGAGCUAAUCGUGACCGAGCAACAGUGGAUAAGGCGUUUUAUCCAGGGCCUGAAUGUGGAAAUACAAAAGGACCUCGCGGUGGCCCAGAUUAAUGCUUUUAGCGAGGCCGUGGAGAAAACCCAGCAGGUGGAAAGCGCUAGGCUACAAGUGAGAAACUUUCAGGCAAAGAAGCGAGGCUUUCCUGGGAGCAGUCAGGGCAGGGGGAUAAGAGUGCCCCUCCCAAGUAUGGACGGGAAGUCGGAGGUGGAAGACAGACGGGCGCAGGUAGAGGGGCUCAGUCUAGGGGUGGCCCGGCUAGGAGAGGCUAGGGAGGAAGUUUCCAGAAAGGUUCGGGUUCGGCAUCCCGUGGACCCUGUGGGUAUUGCGAAAAGCCAAACCACACUGAGAACAACUGUUGGAAGAAGGAGGGAAAGUGUCUGCGUUGCGGAAGUGCAGGCCAUCAGCUUGCCGCCUGCCCAAUCCUAA